GAGGAGGGAAGACAGCAGAUCUGAUCAUGCCUUUGGUCAUGUGGUCUGCAAUGACGUAGCUCAAUUAAGUGUCAUGUCACCAAAAGGCAUUUAUCUCAAACAACAGUCACGUGACAGCUAAACUAAACUGGUCUGAGACUUCCCAUCCUCACUGCACUGUGGAGUCGUUCUCCCAACCAGGGUCUCCAACAUGCAGGGUUUGGUCGUUCUUACAGGAAUAUUGGCCUUUGUUUCUUUUAAAACAUGCGGGAGCGACUUGGUAACCGAGUCCCUUAACAAGCAGCUGCUGCGGUCUGCUCAGACGGCGCAGGGUUUGCCCAUUCCCACUAUUUUCCUUGCGUUACGGCUGUCAAGUGACCACAACCACGCCAUCGAGACCAACUACCUCAAUAGAAUAACCACGGAUUUGCACAAUGAUAUUCAACGCUCUCUCUCUCAAAGGAAGCCGGUGGUGGGGCUGCUGUCUCAGUACACCAUGUGUCUGUUGGCCUCCUGCACCGACGCAAACUCGGUCACCUUCACUGUCAACGACCAAAGCAGCGCCUCCUUGAUCACUCACCUCAAGAGACAAAUGCAUAAAGAGAAAGAGAGUAUUGAACACAGUGCGAAGCCUUUAAGCAACUACUUCGACUUCUCUGGAGGGAUUCUGGCACUGUGCUUGGCCGGCGUCCGGGUCAACGGCCAUCUCACCUCUCAUCUCAUGGCGGCUGUUCAACGCGGCUCCCUUUCUGAUGCGGGACUGGAGGGCUCAACUGACACACUUGCUAUGGCGGGGAUGGCCCUCGGCUGUGAGAAGAACGCAGGUUUCUACCCUCACCACGCUGCUGCUCUGGAUAGGGCCAUCAGUAAGAUCAAGGCCAGGCUGGAGACAACUAGACCAGACUUUCAUAUCGGGAACCAGUACAGCACGCCAAUAGCCGUCAUGGCUCUGGUAGCCAUGGGCAGCCAGAAGGAUUUGUCUUCCACCCUGUUGAGGUUGAGCGCGGACGCCCAGAGAGGCACGUAUCAGAACCCCAGGGCCCUUGCCUCAGCGCUGAUCGGCCUGCAGACCAAAUCCUACCUGGACCUCAAGAACAUCAACUGCCAGAACGAGAAGAAUAAUCUGGUGCUGGAGCCGGCGGUGGAGGUGGAUUUGGUUCCGUUGCCGACCCAAAAGGCGGAAGUGUUUGUGGAGGUGGUGAAAUCCGACCAACAGAUCCAAACCUACACCGUGCAUGUGCCGAUGGGGGCCUCGUUACUGUACGCUCUGGAACUGCUCCAGGCGGAGAACACUGCUUUCACAUUCGAGGUGCAGCCGACCCAGUGGGGGCCCUUCUUGAGCAACGUGAACGGAGAGCAUGCCAGGCAGAGCGAUCGCAGAGCCUGGCUCCUCCUCUCCGAUGGUGUCCCUCUCUCUGAGGGUAUCAAUGACUUUAAGAUCCAGAGGCCUCAUGUGAUCAUCAUCAGAAACAAUGAGUACUAAGGUCAAACCUGACUAUGAAAGCAACAAAUUCUUCAAGUUCUGCCAUGGAGGGAUUUGGAUCAUUCAAAGUCUACUUCAACAACUUUCAAAGGGAUUUCGAUUUAUUUUUCUGUAUGUAUCUAUGUCUAAAGUGUAAUAUUUUCAUAGCAAUAUAACAGGAAUGAAGAAGAUGAACAUUAUAACUGAAGGCAUGUUGAGUCAUGCUGCUGCCAUCAUAUGUUGAAAAGCAAUGUAUGGAAAUGUGAUUUUAGACUAACUAUAAACUUCAAAUAAAAAAUGCUGGCCAGCCAGUCCCUCUC